AUGCAUCCGACAAAGACGGUCUUCCGACUCCAUCUCGUCCGGCAUGCCGAAGGCACCCACAACCCGGCCCACGAUACAACCAUUCCAGACCCACCAUUAACAGAAAGAGGAAUUGAGCAAUCUAAGGAACUAUGCCGGGACUUUCCUUUCAAACAAGAUGUCGGGCUAGUCAUCACAUCCCCGCUCCGACGAACUCUCCAAACAACCCUCGUCGGCUUCGGAAAAACACUCGACAAGAAGUACUAUUCAGCAAACCAGGGAGCAGGAGUCUCUACGGGCGCACAACUAUUAGCAGCAGCAGAUGUUCAGGCACAUUCAACUCGUCCCUGCGAUACAGGCUCAGACAUAUCCCUGUUACACGCGGAGUUCCCCGAUCUCCCUUGGGACACGCUCGGUCUGGAUCCUGUAUUUCCAGCUAAACAAGGCCCCUAUGCACCCGACUACGAGAUGCUGAGGCAGCGCGGGCUCCGGAUCCAGAGUGAUCUAGAGCAUUUAUUCCAGGAACUGCAGAGUACCGGUCGACCGGACGUUGUCAUUGUGACACAUGGCGGGUUCAUGAGAUUUAUCACGGGCAAGACAGACCCGUUGGGCCCGGCAAAAUGGAGGACGUUCUUGGUGACGUUUGAUCUGGACUCUGGCAUGACGGCUGAGCCCCUGCUAUCCGGAUAG